AUGGCUCGAAUGAAUUAUUUGACUGCAUCAAAUAGAAAGUAUCUUCCUCCAUCAAUCGAUCAACGUUCGCUAUUUAGAUGGAUACCCACAAUCUUCAAAAUUAAUGAUGACGAGAUUAUUCAAUACGCGGGUUUAGAUGCAUACGUGUUUCUAGGAUUUUUCAAAAUGAGCAUAAAGCUUUUGACAUUUUGCCUUCUUUUUUCUGCCGCCGUCAUUUCUCCGGUGAGAUACUAUUUCACAGGAAACUAUGAUGAUGAUAAUCCAAAUAGUGGAGACCAUUAUAAUGGAACCGCAAUUAUAUCGGGAUCGUAUUUCGAUGUGCUUAGGAAGAAGAAGUCUAAAAACGAUUGGAAUAUCGGAAUAGAUAUGGAAAGGCCAUAUCUUGGAUUAUACGUUAUCUUUGCGUUUGUUUUCACUUAUGCAACCAUCUAUUUCCUGUUUGAUCACGCGAAUAAGGUGAUUAAGAAAAGACAAGAGAUUUUGGGAAACCAAUGCUCCGUGACAGAUAGGACAAUUAAGAUUACAGGAGUUCCUCCAGAACUUCGGAAUGAGCGUGCUCUUAGAAAUACGAUUGACUGCUUGGGUAUUGGCAAGACAGAUAAAAUUGUCAUUUGCAAGGAAUGGAAACCGCUUGAUAGACUUUACAGGCAACGGCGGUAUGUUAUGGAGAAGCUUGAAACUGCAUGGGCUCAGUACUUGGGAGACACUAUCACAACACAUUCUUUCAAUGUAAGACCGUUUGCGUCGAGUUCUUAUGCCUUGAACAAUAGGGAAGGUAUGUAUCAGGAUAAUCCGGCUGAUGCUAACGAUGAUGGUGAUGAAUCCAUUACUAGAUCUGAUAACUCUCAGGAAGGAGCAGUCAGCAUCACAUCAGAUGGCCAAAUAAGUGAUGUUGAAGCUCAGAGAAGCACUCAGAAUAUAACAGAUUUCCUCAGUCUUUCUGAUUCUGCCACAAAUUACCACCAAAGACCUUUGGUCAAGUUGGGACUAUUUGGACUUGUUGGUCGGGAGGUGGAUGCAAUCGAUCAUUUCACACAACAACUGCGUGCCAUCGAUAAUGAGAUACUCAGUGCAAGAACAGACCAUUAUGCUUCCACUCCUACAGCCAUGGUCACAAUGAAUUCGGUUGCUGCAGCGCAGAUGCUUGCCCAGGCAGUGCUAGAUCCCAGAAUUAACUAUUUAAUAACGACACCGGCACCUGCACCUAGAGAUAUCAUAUGGGAAAAUCUCACUAUGCCAAGAAAGACACGGGCCUUUAAGCAGGCAGUCAUAACUAAUAUCACUGGAAUUUUAGGCUUCAUUUUUGUUAUUCCAGUCGGUUAUCUUGCAACUUUACUUAACAUGAAGACGAUACGGAAGUUCUGGCCGGCCUUGGGAAACCUUCUUACAGAUCAUCCUUGGGCACAGGAUCUUGUGAUAAACUUGCUUCCGGUUUAUCUUUAUACGCUUUUAAACUUCAUUAUCCCAUACAUUUACGUCUGGUUGUCAUCGAAACAAGGCUUUCUUUCUCAUGGUGAUGAGGAGCUUUCAGUCGUUUCCAAGAACUUCUUUUACGUGUUUGUCAACAUGUUUCUAGUCUUCACAAUGGCUGGAACAGCAUCCAAUUACUGGGGUUAUCUCAGUGAUUCGAAGAAGCUUGCAUUACAGCUGGCCGCCUCAUUAAGGAGUUUGUCAUCGUUUUAUGUAGAUACCAUUCUUCUUCAAGGUAUGGGUAUGCAUCCUUUUAAACUUCUUUUAAUGGGACAGCUUUUCCGAUUUCCGUUCUUUCGGGCUAAAUGCAAAACGCCAAGGCAUUAUCUCAACUUAUACAAACCACCUCUCUUCAACUUUGGCCUCAAUCUUCCAAUUCCAAUGCUGACCUUGAUCAUCACACUAUUGUAUAGCGUUAUGUCCACAAAGAUUCUCUCGGCUGGAUUGGCUUACUUCAUCGUUGGAUUCUACGUUUACAAAUUUCAGCUUAUAUAUUCAUGCAUACAUCCCCAGCACUCAACAGGCCAGGUCAUGCCAAUUAUAUUUAGGAGGGUUAUUCUUGGCCUUUUACUAUUCCAGCUAACAGUUGCAGGAACUUUAGCUCUUUCAAACAGUUGGGUUUUCUGCCUUUUUCUUGCACCAUUGCCCUUCAUAACACUUUCAGUGUGGUGGUUGUUUGAAAAAAAUUAUAAGCCUUUGAGUUACUUCAUUGCUUUGCGUGCAAUUGAUAGCUCGGAUAACUCUGCAGAAAGUGCUACUUCAACCGGAGUGUACAAUACUUCUUCUGGUGGUGUUAUGUCAUCAUCUCUCAACUCCUCUUCUUUACUGAACCGUCAUUCCCAUCAACUUUCUAAGAAAACAAGCACUAUAGAUGAAAGAAGAGAGUUCAAUCAGACAUACGUUUACCCAAACUUGGUUCAGCCGUUAGAUGGGCCAUGGCUUGCAAUUGAUAACAACCAGGUUCUGAUGGCAUCAGAAGAUGGAAUCACUCGCAAAAGGUUAUUGUAUGAAGAAUGCUAG